GUAGUCACCAAAAAUCCUUUACGGAAUCAAGUAACAAUAAUCAUUGGUUAACUUUUAAUAAACAUGGUGUUCAAGUUUGUUGCAUUCACUACUCUUUUGGCUUUUGCCAACGCUGGAGUUCCUCUUGGUCUCCACGGAUAUGCCGCACCGGUAGCAACAUACAGUGCAGCACCAGCAGUGUCUCAUGCGUACAUCUCAACUCCAGCUGUUGCUAAAGUAGCAGCUCCAGUUGCAUACUCUGCUCCAGCUUACUCCACCUAUGCCGCCCCAAUUGCUAAAGUUGCGUACUCUGCUCCAGCUUACUCCACAUACGCCGCUCCUAUUGCUAAAGUUGCCUACUCUGCCCCAACUUACUCCACAUACGCCGCUCCAUCUUACUCUUAUGCCGCUCCAACCAUUGCCAAAUACGCACCAGCUCCAGUCACCUAUUCCGCCCCAGUUGUAGCUAAAUACGCCGCCCCCGUUGUAGCUAAAACCUACGUUUCCGAACCAGAAGCUCCAGCUGCAUACGAUUUCGCUUAUGCCGUCAACGACCCACACACCGGAGAUUCCAAAACUCAACAAGAAUCCAGACAAGGAGAUGUUGUCCACGGAUCUUAUUCUUUGGUUGAAGCUGACGGAACCAAACGUAUUGUUGAAUACACCGCUGAUGCCCACAACGGAUUCAACGCCGUUGUCCACAAAGAAGGAGAACCAAUCGUUAAAGCUGUCGCUCCAGUAGCUAAAGUUGUUGCUCCAGUAGCAUACGGUGCUCCAGUUGCCAAAGUUGUGUCGCCGUACGCCUACUCUGCCCCAAUUGCCAAAGUAGCUGGUUAUGCUGCUCCAGCUUAUUAUCAUUAAGAAGAUAAGUUUUAUAUAUCUGCUGUGUUUUAA